AACUACAACAACACCAGCUCCGACUACAACAACUCCUGCCCCUACAACUACAACACCGGCUCCGACUACGACAACCCCUGCUCCAACAACGACAACACCUGCUCCCACAACGACAACAUCUGCUCCAACUACAACACCUGCUCCCACAACGACAACACCUGCUCCAAGUACAACAACACCUGCUCCAACUACGACAACUCCUGCUCCUACAACUACAACACCAGCUCCUACUACGACAACACCUGCUCCAACUACGACAACUCCUGCUCCCACAACUACAACACCUGCUCUCACUACAACUCCUUCUCCUAUAGCGACAACGUUGGCUCCUUCAACGACAACACCGGCUCCGACUACAACAACACCUGCUCCAACUACGACAACACCUCCUCCUACUACGACAACACCGGCUCCAACUACAGCAACACCUGCUCUGACUACAACGUCUCUACUCCUACAACAACAACACCGGCUCCAACUACAACAACACCUGCUCCGACUACGACAACUCCUGCUCCUACAACAACAACACCGGCUCCGACUACGACCUCUUCAGCAAUAACAACCACUUUGACCCCUGAACCUGUUUAUAGCAUCUCAGCAGACCUGCCAGAAGAAGAGUUUUCAAAUGACCUCACUAACCGCAGCAGUGGUCGAUUCAGAGAUCUUGAAAAACGAGUUUUAGCAACGUGCACCCCCAUAUACAAAAAACGAUUUCCUAUUAGUUUUGUCCGCUGCAUUGUACAAGAGUUCAGGCCUGCUACAACCCAAACACGAGCACAAGGAACUGAAGUAGAUUUGGAGGUUGUGUUCAAUCGGACUACUCCUCUUGCAGAACUCCCACAGAAUAAUGUUGUUGCUGAAGCCUUAGUACAAGGUGUGAAUUCCAGCAAUAGCUUCAAUGUGAGCAUCAGUCCCUCAUCUGUCAAAGUAGAAAAGGGUCCAGUUCCAAGUACCGCUGCAACUACGACUGCCGCGCCUACGACUGGCCAGGCCUACGACUGCUGCCCUACAAACAACAACACCGGCCUCCAACUACAAACAACUCCAGCUCUCUACAACCAUACAACAGCCGGCUUCCCACUAUCAACAACUCGGGCUCCAACUUACAACAACAACCUCCGGCUCCAACUACGACAACCCGGCCGGCCGACUACAACAACACCUGGCCCCCAACCACGUCAACACCGCUGCCCAUUAUAA